AAAACGGCAAAACCCAGGCUCUUAACGACGCCAUUAACCACAAGGCAUUACCGCUGUGUCCCAUCCAAUCAAAAAUCGACAACGCAACACCCCCUAAACCACCCUUGUUUCCAAUUUAUAUCAUAUUAUCAGGUUAUCUUGCCCUUUCAUUUGUUCAAUCAAAAAUCAACAAGGACACCUCCAAUCCCUACACCUUGUCCUCGUGUUUCUUCUCCUCCUUUAAUCCAAACAGAUCAAAUUUUUCAUUAUUCACAUGGUAGGACACAACCUGAAUUAGUCCUCUUUUUUUUUCAACCUUCGUGUCAACCAAACUCCUUAAAUGACAACCUACAUAAUUCGAUAAUACUUGCUUACAACCAAGAACAAAAGCAUAUGACAUAAUUAUUUUCUAUCGGCCACUUUCGAUUUAGGGUGUUUCUUCUUGGCUUUCUUGCUUACAAACAAAGACUUUUUCCUUCAGAAACUCACUGGACCGACUAAUUCGAAUACACAUAGAGAGACAUAGUCUAGCUAAUUCGUGGAAAUCAUUAAAGAUGGGAAGAGGUAGGGUACAGUUGAAGAGGAUAGAGAACAAGAUAAGCAGGCAAGUGACAUUCUCAAAGAGACGAUCUGGAUUGUUGAAGAAAGCUAAUGAGAUUUCCGUUUUGUGUGAUGCUGACGUUGCUUUGAUCGUUUUCUCUACCAAAGGCAAGCUCUUUGAGUACUCCACUAACUCCAGCAUGGAAAGUAUUCUGGAAAGAUACGAAAGAUACUCAUAUGCAGAGAGAGAGUUGAAUCCUAAUGACUCUGAUCCCAAGGAAAAUUGGAGUGUGGAGCGUCCGAAGCUAAUGUCAAGGAUUGAACUUUUACAAAGAAAUAUAAGGCAUUAUAUGGGUCAGGAUCUGGACCCUCUCAAUUUGCGGGAGCUCCAAAGUUUAGAACAACAGAUUGAUACAUCAUUGAAGCGAAUACGAACCAGGAAGAACCAACUGAUGCACGAGUCCAUUUCUGAGCUGCAGAAAAAGGAGAAAGCGCUGCAAGAACAAAACAACUUGAUAAGAAAGAAGCUGAAAGAAAACGAGAAGACACAAAAUGGGCAAGCACAACCCAACUCAGGCCAAAACUCAGCAACCUUUCAUCAUGUGCCUCCAUCACAAUCUCACCAAGUUCCUAACCUAACAAUUGGUGGGCCUUUUGGAGGAACAAGGGAAAUGAACACAGAUGGAUCGGGUCAAGCUCUCCCUGGUUUUAAUUAUUCCUUGAUGCCACCAUGGAUGCUCCGCCAUGUCAGCAAUGGAGGGUGAAAACAAGAAAAACCAUUUCCUUCUCUAGAGGAGUAUAAAAGACGUACUAUUGGAAGUUGUAGAUGUAACAUUGCUUCUACAACAGCUAGAUUGGUACGGUCCAUGUAUAAGUAAUUGUAUAUGUUCCAAACAAUGAACCUUCCACCUUGUGAUGUAUAAGCUAAGCUAAUAAAACUUUCAUCCUUCAUUUUUAAUUUGUCCGUCA